ACACACAGGCGCUGAACUGCGCGGUCGCAGUCGUUAGCCAGCCAGCUAGCUCGCUACUGCCCCCUCCCCCCGCGGCCUGGCUGGAGAUGAGUGGAAGAUGUCGGUUUCGGGGCUGAAGGCCGAAUUAAAGUUCUUGGAGUCAAUUUUUGACCCCAACCAUGAACGUUUUAGAAUUAUCGACUGGAAACCAGACGAACUCAGCUGCCAAUUCAAUGUGACCGGAGAAAAGCUUCUGAUCAUCCACUGCAACAUUACGGAGUCUUAUCCAUCAACUCCACCUAUAUGGUUUGUGGAAUCAGAUGAUCCAAGUCUGACUGAGGUGUUAGAACGGCUGGAGGAAGUUCGCAGGGGCAGUACCUUGCUUCUCCAGCAGCUCAAAAGGCUGAUAUGUGAUCUUUGUCGACUCUAUAACCUGCCCCAGCAUCCUGAUGUAGAGAUGCUGGACCAGCCUCUUCCCACCGGACCCAUCACUCAUGAGAGAAAGCAUGUAACGACAGAUGAAGUGACGUCUGAAGAAGAGGAGGAGGAAGAAAUGGCAGAGCAGGAUAUUGAAGAUCUAGACCACUAUGAAAUGAAAGAGGAGGAACCUGUAGAUGGCAAGAAGUCAGAAGACGAUGGAAUAGAGAAAGAAAACCUUGCCAUCUUGGAGAAAAUACGAAAGAACCAGAGGCAGGACCACUUGAACGUAAGUGUCAACUCGGGUGCAGUCUCUGGCUCUGUUCAGGCCUCAGAUCGUCUCAUGAAGGAACUCAGAGAGAUCUAUAGGUCACAGAGUUAUAAGACAGGUAUCUAUUCAGUGGAGCUAGUCAAUGACAGUCUAUAUGAGUGGCACGUGAAGUUAAGGACGGUAGAUCCAGAUAGUCCGCUACACAGUGACUUGCAAGUGCUGAAGGAAAAAGAAGGGGUGGACUACAUUCUCCUUAACUUCUCUUAUAAAGAUAACUUUCCUUUUGAUCCUCCCUUUGUACGGGUAGUGUCUCCUGUUCUCUCUGGAGGAUACGUUCUUGGAGGAGGAGCCUUGUGUAUGGAGCUUCUAACAAAACAGGGCUGGAGCAGUGCCUACUCUAUAGAGUCUGUCAUCAUGCAGAUCAAUGCCACCCUAGUCAAAGGGAAAGCUAGAGUACAGUUUGGAGCUAACAAGAACCAGUAUAAUCUUGCCAGAGCACAACAGUCAUACAAGUCUUUGGUCCAGAUCCAUGAAAAAAAUGGCUGGUACACACCACCUAAGGAAGAUGGUUAAGACGAUGGCUGUUCUUCACGCACACUGGGAAAAUGGGAUUUCUGAUCAACCAUUUGCUUUUUUUUUAUUUUUGUAAUAUUAUUCCCCUCAAAAUCCUUCCCUUCUCUUCACCUGGAGUGUGAGGUCCUACUGGUCUCUGUGGAAGUGUGUGCAUGUGGGCGUGUAUGAGGGCACGCGAGAAUGUGCACUUGUCCCCUCUCUGUCUCUUUCUGUCUUUCCCUGUUACUUGCUGUCUCUCUUGUAAUCAGUCUCUCCUGCUCUCAUCUCUUAAUUUCUCCAGUUCGCUGCAGGGAAAAGAACGAUGUGUGAGAGAGACGCAGAGCCUUGGUACUAAUGGGUGUCUUGCACAGAGUGAUUAUUAGAUACCGCCGGACGCUCGGUCUGGUUUCGCUGUCCGGAGCGGCAGGUAUGGCUCUGACGGAUUAAUACCUGAAUGGAGAUGAAAGGAGCUUUCUGGAUUUUGCCCCCUCUUUUUCCUGCCGUUAAUGGAGGUUCUUUCAGCCGUGACUUCAGACUUUUUGGCAGAGGUUUUCUGAAAUACAGCGGCAAUGGAUGCAAUAAGAGACUAUAUGAAGACGUGCCACACUUGUUGUAUCUGCUGGCACUGAUCUCUUCUUUAUCUUCUGCAUUCUGUGUUAACAUGUACUGGUACAUAUAUUGCUGAUAUUGUUAAAGACUCAUUAUUUGCCAGAGUUAUAUGCUCGUGCCCCAGUUCUAAUGAUUAAAGUAAAGAUAAGGGAGAGUUUGGCAGUGUCUAGUUUGAGUUCGCAAAUAUUAACUGUGGAUGAAAACCACUCACUUUUCCUGUUUCUUGCUUUUUAGCCUGUACCUGCUUCUAGCACAGGCCAUGAUUGGAACAGGCAAAAGAAGAGUCAUAAAGAAUGUGUCAUUGUUCCUUUGUUGGACAGAGGUCUGCUUGUACACUUGUAAAUGGAUUUGAAGUGCAAGUCAUCCUUAUUGUGCCGUUGAUGUGAAGUAAGUUCGUUUUUGGCCUUGGGGUGAGCCGCAGUACCCAACCAGUCAUUGAAUUUUCAGUCGAGGGCUUAAGACCGUGCUUUUCGAUUGGAUGUUUUGAAGAUGUGCAAAAUGGAGAGGGGGAAACUGUAUUUAUUCAGGGGUUAUGAAUCAUGUACUCACGUUUUUGAAGGUGUCAAGAUAUUUUUCCUUUAUUCAUUUUAAUGGUGGACAUUUAUGUACUUUAUUCAAUAACUGCUGAUACAGAUUCACCACUGUACCUUAAGUUAUCAGCACAUUAAUGAUUCCAUAUUAGUAUUUUCUUUUUUGUUCAGUAAAUUAAUUGCAAUCAGGAUCCAUUAGGUAGAUUAAACGCAAAGAAAAAUGGACGUCAUUGCGGAGGAAUAUUUCUUUUCUAGUACUGCUAUUUUUAAAUUUUUAAUAUCUUCCAAGAAGCUUCCAAGAAGUCUGUUAGACUGAUUACAGUCUAACAGUUACAGAUGUUACAGUGCGUAAAACUUGUCGUGCUGUGUGUGCUGCAACUGGUUGGAUCAGUGUUUCUUUGCACACCAUCAAAUUAUUGUAUUUUUAGUGCUGACUGCAAGCAGGAGGGUCUAUUUGGGGGCAUCUCACAAUUUAAAGUGGUAACUCAGGACAGAGAACCAUUGCAUUGCUACAGUGCAUGACCAUGCAUUCGUUACCUGUCAGCCCACAUUAAUGAAGAAUACAUCAGUACAGAAUUUUUCUUCAAUAGCAAUUCUGGGUUUUUUUUUUUUUUGUUUUUUUUAAAUGUUUUUUUCUGCUCUCUUCUUGAUUUUUUUCUGAUCCCAAUACAGGCUCAUUUAAUGAGGGGCAAGAAGAUGUCAGAAAUGAGGUCUUCAUCAUGUCCUUCUGUCAUUCCUAUGAAGUUCAUCAUGUCUGAUGGUUGAGGACGUGUGUAAUAAUAUACAGUCUUAAGCAGCCCUGGAUGUAAGAAGUCUUUAUGGAUCAUUUGGCUUUUUUUGCACAAAAAUAUUGAGUGUGUGCCUCCUAGAUCACUGCAAAGGUUGUGAGUCGUGUCCAGACUUUGAGCCAAUCACGAUUACGGGAAAGCCAUACCUAAACACUGGCUUGCAGAUCCACAAAUCCAUGACCAUAGAUGUAAGUUUUCAUAUAGAAGUGUUUAAACAUUGUGUACAGGAUUGCGUUCAAGCAUAUGUUGGUUGUUUUGCGCUGUAAAGUGGAUUUCGUCAUUCCUUUCCAGCACUUCUUUGAGUCAUGUUCUCGAAGAGCAGCACAGCGGAGUACAGUUAUCUCUGCACAUCCAUGCUACUCUGUUUUUGUUUUUUGCCAGACCUUCCUGCUUUGUUUUAUAGUUCACAUUCACCUCUCAGUAAAUGAAGCUGGUUUGUUGUCAAACUGGACUGCUGUUGGUAACAUUUGUCUUCUCUGUGCUACCAUGUAUGACUGGACAGUGGUGGCUGCUUUUUUUUGUUUUUGUUUCUUGGAAGACCGACCUCAGAUUGACCGCUCACGGUGUUCUUUUCUGGUGCCAUCUCAUGGUGGACUAGUUAUCGUACAUACUCUUGGCAUGCUUUCAGGUUGUUUUUUCCCGUUGCAAGAGAAUUUUGACCAUGUACAGUAAAAAUUUGUAAACUUGCAUCAAGUUUAUGAAUAAAGAAUUUUACGAGG